AUGCGUCGUUCAUUCUCACGCCUCAUUGGGGCUGACGGCGGCAUCUUCAUGUCAGCUGUGCACGAUAAGCAGUAUCUUCAGCACCGUCUUGCUACGCUUGGAAAGGCAGAACAACAACAACCUCUGUCAGAGGAGACAAUUCAACGACUCACCACUUCCACUGGCAGCGCAGAAUCCCUCUUUAACAAAGCCGCGGGCGCUCAGCCAACGAAUAUUGUGGAUGAAGCGACAGGUGUGCCGGUGGGGAGUGUGCAACUCGAUCCGGUGCGGUACGGCGAUUGGGAGAGUAACGGACGCUGCCACGAUUUCUGA